AUGUGCCGCGCUGACCUGAGUCUGUCGGUGGAGCCUGAGGGUUUGGCUGACGCCCAGAGCGGAGCAGCACCUACGGCUGAAGGUUAUUACCUUGAGUUUCUGGAGCCAGUCAACAACAUCACCCACUUCCAGGGCCAGACAGCGACACUGCAGUGCAAAGUGGCCGGUAACCCUCGCCCCUCCAUCCGCUGGCUGAAGAAUGACGCCCCCGUGGUCCAGGAGCAGGGCCGCAUCACCAUCCGCAAAAUGGAGUCUGGAUCCAAGCUUCGCAUCCAGGACCUGGACACCACAGACACCGGCUACUACCAGUGCGUGGCCACGACCUCACACCGGACCAUCACUGCAACUGGGGUCCUCUACGUCAAGCUCGGCCUCAUGCCCACUCACGAACCUCAUGAGCCGUCAAAAGAAAAAGGUUUCUGCCAGCCAUAUCGAGGCAUCGCUUGUGCUCGAUUCAUUGGGAACCAGAGCAUUUAUGUGGAGUCUCUGCAGACGCAAGGGGAAAGUGAAAAUCGUAUUACAGCUGCCUUCACAAUGAUUGGCACCUCUACUCACCUGUCAGAUCAGUGCUCCAAGUUUGCCAUCCCAUCCUUUUGUUACUACGUCUUUCCUCUUUGUGACGAGGGCUUCCGUGGAGCUCGUAAACGGCAGCUCUGUCGAGACGAAUGCGAGGCUUUGGAAAACAACCUGUGCCAUGCAGAGUAUACCAUCGCCAGGUCGAAUCCCAUGUUACUAAUGCAGCUACAGCUCCCCAAAUGCCCCCUGUUGCCACGGCCUGGUACACAUGAAGCCGCUUCUUGCAUGAGGAUUGGAGUCCCACCGGAUAAACUCGGAUCAUCAGACUCCCCCUCGGACCACAGCUGCUACAACGGAAGCGGGGCUGACUACAGAGGCACAGUGAGCACCACCAGGUCCGGGCAACACUGUCAGCCUUGGAGCGCGCAGUAUCCACACAGUCAUCAUCUUUCUCAGGACUACCCCGAGCUCUGGGGGGGACACAACUUCUGUCGAAAUCCAGGAGGGCAGAUGGAAGCCCCUUGGUGCUUCACACUCGACCCACAGGUCCGAGUGGGCCUCUGUGACAUCCAUUCUUGUCAGCCUCCUGAAAACCCAAGAAAAGAGAUCCUGCUUAUCCUCAUCCCAGCCGUAGCCAUCCCUCUGGUCGUCGCUUGCCUCUUCUUCCUGGUUUGCAUGUGUCGUGGAAAGCAAAAGGAAUCCAGUGACACACCAUCUCGCUGUCAGCUCAAUAGCUCGCCUACCCAAGAUGUAGAACUCUCACUCCUGGCUCAACAAAAACACCAGGCCAAACUGAGAGAGAUUAACGUGUCAGCUCUGCGGUUCAUGGAGGAGCUUGGCGAGGAUCGUUUUGGAAAAGUUUACAAAGGCCAGCUGUAUGGGACUGCCCCCGGUGAGCAGACACAGGUGGUCGCCAUAAAGACUUUGAAGGAUAAAGUUGACUCCUCUCUUUGUGAGGAGUUUCGACAAGAAGCCAUGCGACGCUAUCACUUGCAGCACCAGAACAUUGUCUGUCUAUUGGGAGUAGUUACCAAAGAGCAGCCAAAGAGCAUGGUCUUCUCCUUCUCCAGCAUGGGAGACCUCCACAAGUACCUGGUGAUGCGCUCUCCCAACUCUGAUGUUGGCAGCUCUGAUGAUGGUAAGACUGUGAAAUCCACGCUGGAGCAGACUGACUUUCUACAUGUCAUUACUCAGAUUGCUGCAGGGAUGGAGUACCUCUCAAAUCAACUGGUUGUGCACAAAGAUCUUGCAGCUCGCAAUAUUCUUGUCUCUGACAAACUCAGUGUUAAAAUCUUGGAUCUGGGUCUCUAUGGAGAUGCCUACUCAGCUGAUUACUACAAUCUCAUGGGGAAUCACUUUCCUAUCCGUUGGAUGUCUCCAGAGGCUAUCAUGUAUGGCAGGUUCACCACAGACUCAGACAUCUGGUCAUAUGGUGUUUUGUUGUGGGAGAUCUACAGCUAUGGUCUCCAGCCGUACUGUGGCUACUCCAACCAGGAUGUCAUUGAGAUGGUUCGUAACCGCCAGCUGCUUCCCUGCCCAGAGGACUGCCCGUCCUGGGUAUACACACUGAUGCUGGAGUGCUGGAGUGAGUUUCCUGGGAGAAGACCUCGCUUCAAAGAUAUUCAUGCACGUCUACGCUCCUGGGAAAACCUAACCAGCUACAACAGUUCUGCUCCUACCUCCGGUAACAGCAACACCACCCAGACUAGCUCGUUGAGCACCAGCCCCGUCAGCAACAUUAGCAUAGGCACAGCCAACGCCUCAAGAUAUGCCAGUCCCAAAAAAAACUCCUCUCCCUUCCACCAGCCUCAAUUCAUGGCAAUGAAGGGUCAGAUGCAUCGUCCCAUGGUUCCCCCACAACUCUACAUCCCUGUCAAUGGAUACCACCCAAUGCCAGCCUACCCUUACAUGCAGAACUUUUACCCCAUGCAAAUUCCCAUGACCAUGCCCCACCAGCAGAUGCACCACCAACCCCAGAUGGUGGCUAAAGCUGGUUCUCACCACAGUGGCAGUGGAUCUACUUCCACAGGCUACGUCACCACGGCUCCCUCCAACACUUCGGCCACAGAGCGCGCUGCUCUGUUAAACGAGGACAAGGCAAACCAAGAGGACUUAGUGGAUGGAGCGUCACAGGAGGAGCUGGACCAUCACGAGGACUUGUCAGUGCCAGAAACAGAGUUACUCGGAGAGCCACAGACUGAAGAACUGGUCAUCCAUCUGUCUGACUCAUAA